UUCUACAACUUCCACCACAACUGCAGCAACAAAAGAUGAUGCGGAAUGGCCAGAAUUUCCACCCAAAAAACUGUAAAAAAUCCAACAACACAACCACCAAAAAACCUACUACCACCACCAUUAAACCCUCAACUACCACCACCAUUAAACCUUUAAAUAAAGAGAUUAAUACCACGGUUAAACCAAAUAUUACCGAACCUUUACCAACUUCCUUGCCCAAAUGGCCAAUUAAAGCGCAAUAUUGCUUUUGUGAUCUUUCACAAGACACUUGUGAUAUAAAUUGUUGUUGUGAUCCUGACUGCUCCGCCGAUGCUUUAAAGGUAUUUCGUUGUCAACUAGAAGAGCCCAUUGAUUUAGAGAUACAUGAAGGACGUUUUGAGGAUUUUAAAUUUCAACAUGGUCUGCCUUCGUGUGAGAUUAAUGACGGUUGGUUGUGUGUGUUAAGAACCUAUAAACCUUUGGUAACACAUUCUUUUGAGGAUACUUCCCGUUAUAAUAAAUGGCCGAAUUUAUUGGAAUCGGAAGAGGUGAAAAAUCGUGAAUUUUAUAAAUUCGGCGAUAUUGAGAUAUUUAAUGUGAAAACUAAAGAAAUACAAAAUUUUGAUCUUCCAUCAUCUUAUCAAACUGCCACUUGUCGCCUACAAGAACCCAUUUAUCAUUUAACCCCUAAAAAAUCUUGUCUGGUUUCCUCUCAUGAAAAUUUAAAAGAAAUUGAAAUCAAAUUUAAACAACUACAAGAAGACUAUAAAAUAUUUAGCAAACCCACGAUGCCAGAUGAUAUUUACAACAACAAACAUAUGGAAAACUAUAUAGAAAAUAUAACGGUUAAUAAUUGUUAUGAAAACAAACUAAAUUGCUCAAGAUAUAGAACUAAAGAAAGACAGGACAAUUUUAAUUUAUAUAAAGUUAAAAUAAAUAUCUUACACAAUUUUACCCAUAUUCAAGAGCUAAUAGUGGACUUAUGGCUAAAGGAAAACAAAACCUUGGAUAAAAUGGAAAGUACUAAAACAGAAUAUUGGUUGUCUUACGAAAUAGAGUUUUUAAAUAAAACUUUAAAGGAAUUUUUAAAAACAAAUACAACAGAAAACGUAUAUCCCCCUGUAAUAUCUGGGCCCUUAGGUUAUCUACUGGGUAAACCAAUAAUCCUAGCACGCUAUGAGGUUUUCAAUAAAAGUCUACCUUUAUCAUCUAAAAAUCAAAUAAUCAAUUACUUUAACCCCAAUAAUACCGAGUCUCAUAUUUUAACUUUAUUUUCAAAAGAAAAUGGUGAAUGUGCCCGUUUUAAUCCUGCUAAAGAUUAUAUUGCUUACGGUAUUAAUAUAGCCAAUUGUAAAAUAAAACUGGAAAAUGAAACGCUUUUACUAAAGGAUGCCUCAAAAACUAAUUUCACAGAAAUAUGUUUAAAUUUACAGCAACAUAUACAUAAACAACUAUUUGGUGAGGACCUAGAAAUUGCUGAAUUAUCUUUCUACUUAAUAUCCCAAUUGGGUAAACCCGAGAAUGAUUCACAAAAAUGGUUGCCGUUAAAUGUUUUCAACAGCGAUUUUGAUUCAGUAAUUGGACAAUAUCUACAGGAGACCAAUACAUUUAUAUGCCGGAAUAUUUUAUUAAGUUUAGCAUAUGAAUUUCAUAUGGCCACCUACGAGGUGGAUAAUGUUCCCUUGCAAAAUGUCAUUAAGCAUGCUGCUUUACAUUUGGCCGAACGUCAUGAUUUGGAAUUUGCUUUAGAUGAAAAUUUGGAAGUGCCCAUUACAAUGACUGUGCGUUUUUAUGAUGUUCACGAAAAAGCUAUAUCAGCUGCUAAUAGUUUAAAGGAUUUGCAUUUGGAAUAUGGUGUAAUCUUAGUUCUAGUAUUAGUUUUUGUAGAUUUAUAUAAUUAG